AUGUCUCUCGGCGACAUCGACGACCAGACGCUGGCGGUCGUCGUUCAGCUGCAGCUGGAAGACCUCCAAGCCAUCCAAGAAGCCGUCCGCGCCGGAAAACGAAAGGGGAAGCAACGACUCGGAGAGGUAGACGAUGCCGAGCUUGUGCUCGAAAUGUACCACGCUGAACUCUUGUCCGCGGCAAGGAGUCUGUCGGACCGCGCAAUGUGCCAAAGAAUACUCCGUGCCGUGGGAUCAGAUGCCGAGCUAAUAGGCACUUCGCUGCGUGAGGAGGACCAGGCGGUACGCGACGAGGACAUAGCCUUGAGCAUAAGCGCUCAAGGAGGUACUCGGGACGAUGGGAAUGACCAUGUGGAUUCUCAGACGUCGUGGGCGGACAGUGAGCUGGCCGAGCAGUUAGAGACUCUUCAUCUCCCCUCGAUGGGUGACUGUGAGGACCCGACCGGCCAAGUGGAGAGCUCAAAAGACUGUGUCGCAUGUGGCGAGAAACAUCACGACACCGACGUCGCUGCCUGCCCGUGCUCCCACGAUUACUGUCGCGACUGUCUUAACAGUCUCUUCAAGGCAUCCCUUACCGAUGAGGGCCUAUUCCCUCCAAAGUGUUGUGGCCAGGAGAUCUCUCUCGAGAUCUAUCGCACCCUGGUCCAUGACAAAGGGGUCGCGGAGCAAUUCCAGGAAAAGAAGGUUGAGUUUGGAACAGUGAACCGAACAUACUGCCACCAGGCAACAUGUUCGGCGUUUGUUCCGCCCACGUCUAUACACAAAGAUGUCGCAACUUGCCAGCGUUGUCUCAAUCAAACGUGCGCCAUAUGCAAAGCGCCCGCGCACGAAGGGUCCGACUGUCCUCAAGACCCUUCGCUUCAGGAGACACUGCGCCUUGCAGCCGAGCAGGGCUGGCAGCGGUGCAGCUCGUGCAAACGACUCGUUGAACUUGACCACGGGUGCAACCACAUCACCUGUCACUGCGGGUUCCAGUUCUGCUAUGUCUGCGGAGAACGGUGGAAAACCUGCAGAUGCCCCCAGUGGGACGAAGGCCGCCUCUACCGCCGCGCCAACAACCUCGUUGACCGAGAUGCAGCCGGUCGACGGCUAGGCGUCCAGCGGAGGGCAGAUCUAGUCGAGAGGGCAGUACAUGAAUUGCGAGCUAACCAUGAGUGCCGACAUCAGGAGUGGAGGUACCGCGCAGGCCGAUUUCGUUGUGAGGAGUGCCGAGGUGCCGCUACAAUCGUCUAUCAUUCCUCUGAGGUCACCGUCAUGUCUUUACGGCAUCCGUUCGUCGGCUUAAAGGGCUGA